GGGGCCACGCAGCUCACAGCGAGGUCUCUGGAUAUGGCUCCGAGGGACUGGGGGGCCGGGAACACAGCGCUGCUUGUCCUUCUGGGCUGGCUUGGGGGUUUGAGCGUUUCAGAGCACGCUCAGCUCCGGCUGGUGAAUGGCUCGAGUCGUUGUUCUGGGAGAGUCGAGGUGCUUCAUAACCAGCAGUGGGGAACCGUGUGUGAUGAGGGCUGGGACUUACAGGAUGCUGGAGUCGUGUGCAGGCAGCUGGGCUGUGGGACAGCGUUAUCAGCCCCAGGGCUGGCUGAGUUUGGAGAAGGGUCUGACCCCAUCUGGCUGGCUGAGGUUAACUGCACAGGGACAGAAGCUGCCCUCUCUGAAUGCAGAACUAGUCCUUGGGGUGGCAAGAACUGUACCCACAGAAAAGAUGCCGGUGUUGACUGCUCAGGUUUGACCAUUUCAGAACACACCCAGCUCCGCCUGGUGAACGGCCCAAGUCGCUGUGCUGGCCGAGUCGAGGUGCUUCAUGACCAGCAAUGGGGAGCCGUGUGUAAUCACAGCUGGGAUAUUAAUGAUGCCAAAGUCGUGUGCAGGCAGCUGGCAUGUGGGGCAGUGUUAUCAGUCCCAGACAAAGCUUGGUUUGGAGAAGGGUCUCACCCCAUCUGGCUGGAUGAGAUUAACUGCACAGGAACAGAAGCUUCCCUCACCGAGUGCAGAGCUAGACUUUGGGGAGACCAUAACUGUACUCAUGAAGAAGAUGCCAGUGUUGUGUGCUCAGAGCAGUCCCAGCUCCGGCUGGUGAACAGCCAGAGUCGCUGCACAGGAAGAGUCGAAGUGCUUCAUAACCAGCAAUGGGGAAUCGUGUGUGAUCACAGCUGGGACCUACGUGAUGCCGGAGUCGUGUGCAGGCAGCUGGGCUGCGGGACGGCAUUGUCAGCCCCAGGAAGAGCGCCGUUUGGACAAAGCUCUGACCCCAUCUGGCUGAAUGAUGUCCACUGCACAGGGACAGAGGUGGACAUCACCGAAUGCAGGGCCAAGCCCUGGGGAGUCCAUAACUGCACCCAUGAAGAAAUUGCCGGUGUGGUGUGCUCAGGUUUAUCUAUUUCAGAGCCUGCUCAGCUCCAGCUGGUGAAUGGCCCACAUCGCUGUGCAGGGAGAGUCGAGGUGUUCCUGAGCCAGCAGUGGGGAACUGUGUGUGAUGAUGACUGGGACUUUCUUGAUGCCAGAGUUGUGUGCAAGCAGCUGGGCUGUGGGAUGGCGUCAUUAGCGCCACAUGACGCUCACUUUGGACGAGGAUCUCACCUUAUCUGGCUGGAUCAGGUUAACUGCACAGGGACAGAAGCUGCCCUCUCCGAAUGCAGGGCUAGGCCUUGGGGAGUGCAUGACUGUAACCAUGCAGAAGAUGCCAGUGUUGUGUGCUCAGAGCCUGGUAUGUCCCUUGGUGUCUGGCUUCUCCGCUCUGCCCUGGUUCUGCUCCUGCUGGUGUCUGCCCCAAUCAUCACCUGCAUCCUGGAGAAAGGAGCCCCCACCCUCCCUGAGCCCCUGAGAACUGGCAAUGGCAGCAAGGGACAGCCUGGAGAGGACCCAGCGAUGGGAGAGGAGUCGGUUAUAUACGCCAAUGUCCCAAGUCUUUUGGGUACCCAGAGACCUCAGCGAGAGAUGUACUGACUAGGAGGAUGCCAGCAGCACAGGGCUGCGGGGAAGCCUGGCCUGGAUUGGGGAGAUGGCAGCUUAACCUCCUAGUGUCCAAACG